AGCAGAGAAAGAGUGAGAGUUAUGUAAUCAAUCGGUGAUUAAAUCCUGACGUAACGUCAAUUUGUCAAGGAAUUUUUUUCUCUUUCGACAAACGACCAUAACCUUAAAUGCACCUGUUGCCCUCCAGUCACAGCUGUCUCUUCAAUUAAAGUUUAUCACCCCCAUCAUGGCACAAAUAGGAAAGAAACUGUUCGAGCAUCUCAAGAGCAAAGAGUUCAGAAACUAUUUGGCCAGUACACAUUUCUGGGGUCCCGUCGCUAAUUGGGGCAUUCCCAUUGCGGCUUUGGCAGACAUCAAGAAGGAUCCAAAAUACAUCAGCGGAACAAUGACUUUCGCUUUGUGCUGCUACUCGUUGGUGUUCAUGCGAUUCGCUUGGAAGGUGCAGCCGAGGAACAUGCUUCUCUUCGCUUGCCAUUUUACUAACGAAGGGGCUCAGUUGGUGCAACUCGGACGGUUCAUGAACUACACUUACAGUGAAGAGGCCAAAGAGAACAAGCAAUGAUGACGAGGAUCUUGGGUUUAUAGCACAAUUUAACAUUAUUUUUUUUUAGUCUGUGAUGAAUGGAGAGGAAGGAAUUUGCUAGUCGCUCUCUGUUUACUAGUUAGGAAGAGACUAGAAGAGAGUAUUAAGGGUGUUUUUGUUGCCACAUAUUUAUUUAUAUACAUUUAUUUUGUAAAGACGAUAAAGAGUAAUAUAUUUUGUAAAGUGAC